CAGGCCAGCUCCACCCCCCUGCAGCGGCACAGCUGCGAAGAGCCGGAGACCAAGCGUGAAGUAGUGGCGGACUGUGUCCCAGGGCCUGCUGGCCAGAGGUGGAUACCAGCCCCUGGACGUGCACGCACACCAGGUGUUCUGAGCCAGUGAAGCAGGGACAGAGACGUGGAAGAGACAGGGAGAGACACGUGGAGAGAGACCCAGAGAGACGGGAAACGUGGAGAGAGACAUAGACAUGGAGGGAAACUAAACCAGUUAUAGAACGAGUCAGUCACCGCUGAGCCCCGGCGUUCAUGCCUGGCAGGUGCCGCGCAUCAUCCAUCCUCCCAGGUGAGCCUCAGCCUGUGCUGUAGGCAGUCUGACUCCCAGUCUCCUGAGUGACACCUGAGGAAAGACGAUGGCCCAGGUCCUGCAUAUACCCGCUCCGUUCCCAGGGACCCCUGGCCCAGCCUCUCCACCUGCCUACCCUGCCAAGGAGCCCGACCCUCCAUAUUCAGUGGAGACCCCCUAUGGUUACCGGCUGGACCUGGACUUCCUGAAGUAUGUGGAUGACAUUGAGAAGGGCCACACGCUUCGCAGGGUGGCAGUGCAGCGCCGGCCACGUCUGGGCUCCCUGCCACGAGGCCCGGGCUCCUGGUGGACUUCCACUGAGUCCCUGUGCUCCAACGCAAGCGGGGACAGUCGCCACUCAGCCUAUUCCUACUGUGGCCGUGGCUUCUACCCACAGUAUGGGGCCCUGGAGACCCGGAGUGGCUUUAACCCACGAGUGGAGCGCACACUGCUGGAUGCCCGGCGCAGGCUGGAGAAUCAGGCGGCCUCCCCGUCGGAUGGCCUGGGUGGCCUGGGGUCCCUGACCCCCAGUGUAGCGGGUUCCACCAGCUCCCUGUCUGGUGUGGGCCUGCCACCCCCCACACCACGCAGCUCAGGGCUGUCCACCCCUGUGGCACCCAGUGCAGGCCACCUGGCCCACGUCAGGGAGCAGAUGGCCGUUGCCCUGCGCAAGCUGCGCCAGCUGGAGGAGCAGGUCAAACUGAUCCCUGUACUCCAGGUCAAGCUGUCGGUCCUACAAGAAGAGAAGAGACAGCUGGCGGUGCAGCUCAAGAGCCAGAAGUUUCUAGGUCACCCCACAGGGACCCGAGGCCGAGGUGAACUCUGCCUGGACCUCCCAGAGCCCCCCGAAGAUCCUGGGGUGCUGGAGACCCGCACUGUAGGUACCUGGGUCCGAGAACAAGACUUGGGCAUACCAGAUGGCAAAGCUGCCCUGGCUGCUAAGGUGGCUGUGUUGGAGACUCAGCUCAAAAAGGCGCUGCAGGAGUUGCAAGUGGUGCAGACCCGCCAGGCUGACCCCCAACCCCAGGCCUGGCCACCUCCCGAUACCCAGGUCCGCGUGGACACCAUGCGAGUGGUGCAGGGGCCUCAGGAAGUCGAGGUGGUAGCCAGCAUGGCAGCGGGAACCCGUGCACAGAGAGCCCAGAGUCUGGAAUCCUACGGAGCAGGGCUGAAGGCCCUGGUGACAGCUGGGGGGCCAGAGAGUCCUCCUGUGUUCUGCAGCCAUGAAGUGGUGGAGACCAUGUGCCCGAUACCCACAGCUACCACCGGCAACAUCCACACCAUUAAGAAAAUCAGCAUCACAGAACGAAGCUGCAGUGGGGCAGCCAGGAAGGCAGAGCCAUCCUGGGCUCCAGCCCCGACCCCACAGUCUGAGAAGAACCCUGGCCCUAAGGCCACAGGGGAGACCACCAGCAAGGAGCCCACCAAACCAGAGGCCUUGCAGGAGUCAGAGGAGGCUGGGGGUGCAGGUGGAGUCCCCUUAGGAGUGCAGUCCAUCAUGAAGAGGACAGAUGAACCUGCAGACCCCACUGCCCACCACAGGAGCCUCCAGUUUGUGGGGGUCAAUGGCGGGUAUGAGUCAUCCUCAGAAGAUUCCAGCACAGCUGAAAACUUCUCAGACAACGAGAGCACUGAGAACGAAGCCCCAGAGCCACCAGCCAGGGUUCUAACCACAGCCGAAGGCCCUCAGCUCAGGCCUCUGGGGCCCACCGGCAAGACCAGCUGGCAAGAAUGCCAGCUUUCUCGGGAAUCUCAGUAUGUACCCACAGCAGAGGCAGCAUCGGGAUCCAACUCAGAGGAGGAAAUCCGGAUGGAGCUCAGUCCUGACCUUAUAUCAGCCUGCCUGGCCCUGGAGAAAUACCUGGACAACCCCAACGCCCUCACAGAGCGUGAGCUGAAAGUGGCUUACACUACAGUGCUCCAGGAGUGGCUGCGUCUGGCCUGCCGCAGUGAUGCACACCCAGAGCUGGUGCGCCGACACUUGGUCACCUUCCGAGCCAUGUCUGCUCGACUGCUAGACUACGUGGUCAACAUCGCCGAUAGCAAUGGCAACACCGCACUGCACUAUUCUGUGUCACAUGCCAACUUUCCUGUGGUGCGACAGCUACUGGACAGUGGUGUUUGUCAGGUGGACAAGCUGAACCGUGCCGGCUACAGCCCUAUCAUGCUCACUGCCCUGGCCACCCUGAAGACCCAAGAGGACAUUGAAACUGUCCUCCAGCUCUUCCGGCUUGGGGACGUCAACGCCAAAGCAAGCCAGGCAGGACAGACAGCCCUGAUGCUCGCAGUCAGCCAUGGUCGGGUAGAUGUUGUCAAAGCACUGUUGUCCUGUGAGGCAGAUGUGAACGUGCAGGAUGAGGAUGGCUCCACGGCCCUCAUGUGUGCAUGUGAACAUGGACACAAAGAGAUCACAGGGCUCCUGCUGGCGGUGCCGAGCUGCAACAUCUCACUAGCAGACCGCGAUGGGAGCACGGCACUGAUGGUGGCCCUGGAUGCCGGGCAGAGCGAGAUUGCAUCCAUGCUGUACUCUCGAAUGAACAUCAAGUGUUCAUUUGCCCCAAUGUCAGACUACGAGAGUCCAGCGUCAUCGUCGGCUGAAGAAUAAAUAGAAGGGAGAGGCCAGAAGAGCCCCAGUGGAGGCUCAGCCCCAGAGCCAACCAUCCAUCCUCCUCCUUUCUUGUCUCUGUCUUGUCUGUCCUGGAACAUCCCCCCUCCCCCAGCCCAGUUCUCCUGCUCCUCCUUCUACUUUCCCCAGGGGCGCUCCAACAUCCACCAGAUAUCAGCUCCAAGAGGCCUUUUCCCAGCUCCAGGUUCAAAGCCACAACUGCCAGAAAGCCAAGCUACUUUGUCAUUGGAAUAGGCGUCUGUGGCUGACGCCAGGGUGUGGGUUUUUUUUUAAUGGAGGACAUGAAAAACAGUCCGCCAGCAAUUGUGGGAGGAGUGGGGGCAAGAAAGGGAAAAAUAAUGUAUUUUUGCAUCAUUGUCAGGGGAGGAGGGAAUCUGGAGUUGCCAAAUUCCAAGGUCACUGGAAUGCUCUAUUCCUCUGUUCUUAGCAUCCUGAAUGUUAGUAAGCAAGAGGCCCUGCCCACUGCCCUUUCUCAGCCACAUUGCAUUGUCUAGUGUAUAAUACAGUUUUGUCCACUGACUCCACCACCACCACCCCCAAGCAGCUUUCUGGGGUGGCGGUUGUCUCUCCUGGUUGCUUCACUAAACAAGUUCUGUCCUUCCCAGGCCACCCCUCAUUCAGGUAAAAUUGGCAAUUUUUAUUACCUGUAUCCCCCAAACACAUUCAGGUUGGGGGCUCAAGACCCUGCAGCCCUGGUAGCUUUUGUGACUUGUUACUGACUGAUUCCCAAGGAGAAAAUGAUGCAGACACCCCCACGGGGAAUAGGGAAGCUUGACACACGGAAACUUUUCCUAGAAAAUCUUCCAAACCUACAGAGGAAAAGAAAAAAAGCCAGUUGUCAGAGUAGCCCCCAGCAUCCAGAGCCCAGAACUGCAGUAAGUCACAGGGCUGUCCUUUUCCUGUUCCAGAAUUUCUCUCCUCAAAUGAAAGUAAACAGAGUAUGCAAUACUGACUAAGCCUGGGGGGGCGUUCCAAAGCCCAUGUGUGCCCGAUUAUAAUUUGGCUGGCCUCAGAGAAUGCCUAGUGCUAGUUUAAAGAGACAGGCUUUGCAGAAAAUCAAACAAGGGCUAGCUGGAGUUUUUGUUGUUUUGUUUUUGUUUUAAGAAGGGAAAAAAACAUUUCCUGGAAUUUCCCGGGACAGAGCCUCUAGGAAACGGCACAACAUACCGGCUACAAUUUCCUUCUUCGUGGCUUUAUUUCUUCCCUCUCCACAGUCUCAACACGAUUUUCUUUCUUGUUCCUGUUCUUUAUAAGGAAAUGGCUUCUAAAUGUGCCUUGAGAUGGGGAGGAAGUGCCCUGCCAAGCAUGUGUCCUCCCCUUUCCCAUCCCGUUUCUCUGGGCCCACAGGGCUUUGAAGCCAAACGUCAGCAGGGCAGAGUUGAGGCUUGUGAACCGAAGGAAAGGGCUAGCCUCUCUCCUGGACCAGUAGGCUUACGGGCUUGAUGGACGGACACUUGUUUGCUUUGAGUUUUGGUGAAGGGAGUUGUCUGAGAUUUUAAGGUGGUAUAAGAAAACAAGAUGGGUGGGUGGUUGAAUGGAUGGAUGAGUGACUAGGUGGGGGUUGGAUGAAUAGAUGAGUGGAUGGACUGGCAGAUGAAGGAUGGAUGAGGAAUAAAUGGAUGGAUGGAGAGACAAAAGCAGUAUGUAUGUGUGUAAAACAAAACUCAAGCUGACUGGAGACAGCUGCUGGUGUCUGAGGGAGGCUCACAGCCUAGGGCAGCUUCAAAAGUCGGUAGUCAAGCUGAAGCACUAGCAUCUCUGAUCCCCAAGUGCAUGACCCUUCAGAUAAGUCCAUGUCACUCUGCUGCUGCUUCUCCCUGUGGGUUGCCAAGGCCAGAUGCUGGUCCCUGUUCUCUUCUCACUUAUACUCAAGAGUUUUAAUGUCACUUUGUGACUGCGGUACGUCCAUAAAGACAGUAUUACACAUAAAUGAAGUAUUCUCUUUUUGUCAUCAUUUCUUAGACGGUAAAAGGACUUAAUAAAUCCACAGAUAAUGCUGCU